AUGACCUCUGAAGCCUUCAAACUGAAAGGCCUCUCUGAACAAGUCUACAACGACUUUUUCAGAUACGCUGGAGUAAGGCUACAGGCUCGCUUGGUCAGAGAGGCUAAGGAAAAGGCCAAAAAGGAAGCAGAAGAGAAAGCUCGCCUAGAAGAAGAGCAACGAAUCAGAGAAGCUGAAGAGAAGGCUGCUGUUGAAGUUGUUGCUACUGUGGCUGCUGCUGAAGCUGAGGCAAACGCUAAAGCCAAAGUUGAAGAAGCAGCACGCAUUGCUGCAGAGGAAGCUGCAAAGGCCAGCGCUGAUGCUCUGACUCAAGGGGAGCAAUCUAAGUCUGGUUUCGCCCCUCUCCUAUUGAAAACUUUGGAGGAACUGCAAAAGGAACAACAAGUUGUGAGAGCUAGUUGCACUCACACAAAGAGGUUUGACAUAAAAGUUACAAUAAUAGAAGAGGCUCAUAUCAUCAACAAUAUCAAAGUGGAUGAACUCAUCGGUUCACUACUAACUUUUGAGAUGGAUAUCAAUGAUAAAAUAGAGAUAAGAAACAAAGGUGUAGCCUUCAAAGCUGAUGUUGAAAAUUAUGAUGAAUGGGAGGAAGAGGAUACUAAUGAUAACCUUUCUAAAUCUAUUGCAUUACUUGAAAAAAGGUUUGGUAAGGUUAUGAGAAGACUUGUUAAAUUGAAAAGAAUAAUUUCAUGA